CGCGAUUCCAAAACACAUCAAUUGCUGCUCUCCCCGCAAUUACUCAACCUUCAACCUUUUUGCAUCACGACUCAGCUUUUCGGCAUUCCCAAAAUCCACGACCUAUUCCCCCGCUACAAUCACCAUGUUCCGCAUCCAGCCCGCACGCGCAGUACAACGCGCAACCUUUGCCCGCCCUGCCGUCAUCCGCCCUCGUUUCUUCAGCACAACACCAGCACGCUUCGCUCAAAAAGAUGCACAAGACAAAGAUUCGCUGAAGCCUCGAUCGACCGAAUACGCAAAGUCUGGCUCUGACGACGGCGCCGCACACUCAGACGCUGCCUUCAACCCUAACAAGACAAGUCCCGAGGAGGCAGAGGCAACAGCAGAGCGCGAGGCUGGUGGCUCUCAGAACAGCUUGAACGUUAGCCCCGGAAACAAGGAUGUCAGCGAACCUAACAGCCCCGAUGUUGGUGGAAAUGGAGGAGCACCAGACAAGAAGAGCAGUGGCGGAGGCAGCGCGCCCAAGAACAGCACAGGAUAGAUGUAUAAAUCUCAGGAGGAGGAGCCUCCGUAAUGAAUGCAUAUCACAGGCAGUAGUAGAAGAGAGCCGUUGAAGGUAGUCAGGGCGCAUAUGGAGCAUCACAUGACAGCAUGAUUGCAUUGGGAACAGCUUCUCCAGGCUGACAACUGUAUAUACCAAACCAAUUGGAAAAUCUCAAUUUCGAA